AUGCACCCGUUCUCCAUCUUGACCCUCGGUAUUUUCGUGGCGGGCUACAUCACCGCGAGGUGGGAUCUCGUCACACGGUUAUACGAACUGGCUAUUUUCGCGUGGGACCACGGUGUUGUUUCCUUCCUAUUAAUCACCUCGCGCAGAGAGAGAGCGAAUUGGUACGUGGAAAACAACCAGCUCAUCGCACAAGAGCAGCAGCUCCGCGAUGGGGGAACCUCAUAA